UACAGGUGGCCGGUUCCGCCUAGUUCUAUAUUUAGGGAAAUUAAUUGUAAAGAAAACUGGACUACUCCUAAGGAAGAAAGUCACACAGCUGGUUACAAAGCGGAGGAGAAGUAGCUGCAGAAGAGUUCCCAGCACAUUCACGGAACACAGUAAUAUUCAAAGGGCGUCAUGUACGAAGAGGAUAAUUCGUAUGAAACUCUAGACUUGGGUCAUUGGGACAACCCCACACCAUGCUACGACAACCCCACACCAUGCUACGACCUGGCCCUUCCGGAGAUGGACACCACAGAGCGAACAUUCUACCCACCUGCACUGGAAUAUGUCGAAGUACUUCCAGACUUGCAACCAGGAGGGAUGGUCAAUCCUACUCCAUAUCACAUCAACAACCCCAGUGAAGGAACUUUCUCUAUGCCUACGGUGACCCCUUCUCCAGGACGGAGGCAUCCGCAAGACGUGCGCCUUCCUUUUCGCCAACACAACAAUAGCCAUCAAAUAAUUCAGAAGCCUCCUCCAAUGUAUAACCCAGGAUACUUACCACCACAGCAGUACCCUCAGAACUUUCCAGUUCCAGGCACAAUGAUGGGUAAUACUGUCCAACCGACGGUGGUGACCACACAAACUACCGUGAGCUCUACUCCAACACCCCCUUGCCGGGACUAUUUGCCGUGGUCCAUCUUUAACCUUUUAUGUUGUUGUUGUUGUUUCGGGAUAGUGGCGCUUUUCUUCAGCCUUCAGACACAAUCCGCUAAGAAGAACCGGGACUUGGAAUCAGCGCAGAGGAAAUCCCGCGUCGCUCUCGGCUUCAACUUGGCCGCCAUGUUGCUGGGAAUUUCAUUGAUUAUUAUCGUGCCGUCCGUGUACUACUCCUUGUACCGCUCCUCCUACUACUACCCUUCCUAUUACUAUGGCUAACUGCGCACAGAUCUACACCAGGGGGACGAGCUCCAUUGGGGGAACUCCAAGUGUAAUUUAUACAUUUUUUAAAGUUCUCUGGCCCAGAUUCUCAAAAGAGAUACGACGGCGUAUCUCCAGAUA